CACAGCACUAACACGGUACGUUCCUCACCUUACCUUCACCUUCCGUGCUCUGGCACCUAAGCCUCUGCGAAUACGUACUCACCUAGGUACUCUACAUAUUACCUUACCUUUACCAAGGUAGGUAAGUUACUCAAGGUACAGAACAUGCCGGUAGGUAGGGCGAGCUUUCUGCAUUGCAUUGCUGCUUCUAGCUUAACAUUGCUUGGGCGCCUGACAUGCCUAACGCGGUCCAAUGGCAUCAUCCAAGGGUCCAAGACGGUCCCGACGAUGCCGCUAAACAGCUUGGACGAGACCGCGUUCAGCCCAACGAAUCCCUGGGACGUCCGCGACCGUCAUACAUUUCGCGCCCACCGAGCUUGCCCCGUCCUGACGGAUAGGGCAAUACCUAUCCAACUGGCAAUAGCUAGCUUCUGAAACCAAGGCAGUAGAACCUUGCAGGGGAGGGAGUAAUUCGGAGCUGAGAGAGGAGAGCUUUCUUUACAGAU